AUGGUCACGAGGUCCCUGCCGCAGAUGGCCCGGUUGCCCUAUCGUGUCGCACUGUCGGCAACCCAACUGGGAAUUGUCGCCAGGUUGGUGGUUCCGGUCGUCGCAGCCCGGACCCUCGGCAACGAUGUUGAUUUCCCCAGGCUCGCGGACCUCUGGUUCCGUGAUGUGCCUCUUGCUCCGGUUCCCGUGUCGGUAGCUUGGCAACCGGGACCAGCGAAAAUCACCGGUUCAGCGGUUGAAGAGAUCACUCGUGCCUUCAUCGCCGCCGGGUUGAGCAAAAUUGUCGCCUGGGACAACCUAGCCUCAGCAGUGAGCACUUCGGUCAUCAUGGUGACUCGCUGUCGCCCAGAUUUACGCCAGGCAGCCAUCGACGUCGCCACAGAGAUAUUGGCUAUGGUCGACCCACGCCCCGGUAUCACUGCCGGACCGGGCUUUCACCGCCGCAGCUGUUGCCUCUAUUACCAGAUUUCCGGGUCUGCGGUGGGGCACAGUGGGAGGGUGAGCAGCACAAACCACAUCACCAGGCAACCUGUUCCUCCGACCGAUAGCGUGCGCGUCAAAGCCGCCGUUGCUGCUCACGAGGCCGCUGACGCUGCUACCGACCGCCGAGUCGACACCACCUUUGACAAGUUCCACGAUCGGUAUUCCACCCGCUCCCUGGGAUUGAAAACCUCUCCCGUCCGUGCCCUGUUCGCGGUAGCGAAUCGCCCCGAGGUCGUUUCCUUAGCCGGUGGUAUGCCUAACAUUGCCGACCUCCCUCUUGACGUCGUCAGUGAGUCGUUGAAGGAGCUCGUUGAUACUCGCGGCACUGUCGUUAUGCAAUACGGGUCGGGGCAGGGUGAACCUGAGAUGCGCAAGCACAUCUGCGAGGUGAUGGCCGUUGAGGGGCUCGUCGCAGACCCUGAUGACGUCACUGUCACGUGUGGUUCUCAGCAGGGCCUGGAUCUCGUCACGCGCAUUUUUUGCAACCCAAGCGACGUCCAUUAUGGCCGAGUCGCCGGCUUAUGUCGGGGCGCUCAAUACCUUCGCCUCGUACCAAACUGA